CCUUUCUAUGUUUUUACAUUAAUCGUUUAAGAGCGGCCAAACUUUAGACUACCACGCUCGCAAAGCAGUAAUGGUUUCGCUACUUGAUAUCGGCCAGAAUCUCCGUGGCCGUGUAUCGACGUAUUCUAUUGUCAAGGAACUUCAUUGGGCAGCAGAUCAAGGAGCUAGCGGAAGAAAAUGUAUCGUGAAGAGUAUUUGGGGCCACUGGCGACUUGAAAAUGAGGUCUCUAUUUUGCGCAAGUACCAGGCUAUGAGCCCCUUGUUUUGCCCACUUGAGGAUGAGAUUGUAAACCUACCUGACCUGCCGUCCAUUAUCUUCGACCUUGGUGCCGAGUCAAAACGGCAAAGGUUAUCUCGACCUGAUAUCAAGAAGGUGGCUAAAAGCGACAGCAUGGUCCAUACUGAUAUUAAACUGGACAACAUAUUCGUGGAUCUUGGUCAGCAAGGUGACCCUGAACGAUUCACUGAUAUCCAGCUAGGAGAUUAUGGGGGUGUAGUCUCCAAGUACUCCAAGUUUGCUACGGAGCUGGGCCACCUCAUCGGCGCAAGUUUUACCUGUAGCCCUAAAGCACAGCUUGGUCUCUUAUGGGGGACAUUGAUGGACAUUUGGUCUUUUGGAAACGCUAUUCUCACCUUAUUGUACGGUGGAGGGUUUCAUCUCUUCAAUCCUGCUAAUGAGGGUUAUAAACCUGAAGAUGAACACUAUGAACUGGUGGAGAUCGCCGACGAUAAUGCCGCAGGCAUUAUCGACUUUAUUUAUAGCAUGGGCCCCCCAACGAAACCCUUUCGUCAAGUCACAUGUCGCGAGAUACCGCCUGCUGACUGGGAUUUUAUCCUUAAAAUCAUGAAGCUUGAUUACCGUGACCGUCCCACCGCCGACCAACUUCUGGAGGACGAAUGGUUUAGCGAGGAGUCUGAGGAUACUCGAGAGCCACUGCCUCCUAAGUAACAAGAAAUUUCAGCACCUAAGAAGGGGAAAGCUAUAUUGUUGUAGCAUCGAGGUGGUGUUGAUAGUUAAUUGAAUAAGAUGGUGAUGAUUAUGAAGGCG